GCAAUCGGUUCAAAAUACUGGGACGAAGGAUGUGUGUUGCUCAGUGACUUUCCCCCUAGGAAGGAGAGCGGAGGGUGCUUUGCUGUCUUCCAGGGAAUAUAGACAAUACUCUGAGCUGGGAAUGGCGGUGAGGUUUCUACUUGGGGUCACUUGCCUCUGCUCCCCAUUGACUGCUAUGGUUCUUGACUUCAACACCAUCAGGGGCUCAGCUGAAGUAUCCAGCUCCAAAAAGAGUGCCCAAUGCUUCACAGACAAAGACUGCCCAGCUGGGAAGUUCUGCAACAAGGCCUGGGAAGAGCUGCCCUUCUGCGCUGCUUGCCACGGGUUACGGAGGAGGUGCCAACGCAACACCAUGUGCUGCCCAGGGAUGCUCUGCCUAAAUGAAGUGUGCAGUCAGACUGAAAAGAUGACUGUUGUUGAAGAAAAGAAGUGUGAGAAACAGGCUGGGUUGAGUUCAAAAGCCGCAGUGCAGUGCCCGGUUCCAGCAAGCAACGUCCUGAAGAAAGGAAAUACUCAAACACCAAACAACAAAGUUGAAGAGGGCGAGAGCUGCCUCCGCACCUCCGACUGUGCUGCGGGGCUCUGCUGCGCUCGCCAUUUCUGGGCCAAGAUCUGCAAGCCUGUUCUCAAGGAGGGCCAGGUGUGCUCCAGACGAGGACAGAAGGAUGGCUCUCAGGGACCCGAAAUCUUCCAACGGUGUGACUGUGGCCCAGGACUGUCUUGCCAACUGCCACUCAGCGGAGAGUCCCAGCGAUCACGCUUACGAGUCUGCUGGAGAAACUGACGUCACUUUUAUCAGUCAGCUAAUAUCAAGAGUCCUCAUAAGCCAAAGAUGCACUCCACCGAGAUCUAAACCCCCAAACCACGAAUCUUUGCCCUCCUUACACUGCUGCUGCUACUUUGUAGGGUAGAUAAACCCUUCAGAUGGUUUGUUGCUCUCCCUGAUGUGUGCCUUAUUUUAGCUUUUGAUACUUGAACAAUACGUGUUUUAAUCAAGAGGAGACUGCAGUGUUGACACUCAAGGUGCUAGCCUUGGCCUUUUGUCUGGGACAGGGUAGCUCAAGAAUCUCCUCUUCUAUAAGCUUGACUUUCAGCGGUCCCACCACUGAUGGCAGGUUGGGUUGGUGGGACAAGGGGCAGGGGAGCCCUUUUGAUUGUGUCACCCGAAUGACAGAAUGAUCUUCCCAGAGAUGUGCUUUUUAAGCAGGAGCAUAAUAUAGUUCUGUUUCAGCAGUCAUAUUUUUAAGUGAAGACCUUUUGCGAUUUAUCAUCUGAUUUUUUUAAAUCACUCCUGUGUACAAACAUUGCAGUGA